AUGGCGAUAAGGAGGUUCAUCUGCAAGCGAGGUUCACCGGACGAAUUCUUUUCGGAUAACGGAACCAAUUUCAAGGGUGCAAACAACGAAAUGUCCAAGGCGAAUCAGAAAAUCAGUGCGGAAUGCGCUGAAAGUGUUUCAAGUCCAACAAUCAAGUGGCACUUCAUUCUACCCGGAACACCCCACAUGGGUGGAAGCUGGGAAAGAAUGGUGAGAUCAGUGAAGGAGGAGAUGAGGGCAUUGGACGACGGUAGGAAGCUGACGGAUGAAAUACUCCUGACCACGUUGUCCGAGGCGGAAGAUAUGGUCAAUUCUCGUCCAUUGACAUACCUUCCACAAGAAUCUGAGGAGACCGAAGCCAUCACACCCAACCAUUUUCUGCGUGGCGUUACCAAGCAUGUGGAUCAGAUGGUUGAUGAUCAAAUCGAGCUGGCAGAGGCGCUGAGGGACGUUUACAAGCGGUCGCAGUACCUAGCCGAUAGAAUGUGGCAGAGGUGGAGUAGAGAAUAUCUUCCUAGUAUCAAUCGGAGGACGAAGUGGUUUGAAGAGCGAAGGCCAUUGCAAGUAGGAGAUUUGGUGUUUCUAGUAGAUGGAGCACAGCGGAAGAACUGGGUUCGCGGCAUAAUAGAAGAAGUCGUUGAAGCUGCAGAUGGAAAGAUCCGGCAAGCGAAGGUGAGAACGAACAAAGGCGUAUUCAUGAGAGCAGUGGCCAACCUAGCAGUGUUAGAGAUUCCUGGUAAAUCCGGGACUUCCGGUGGAGCGGAACCGGAGUUACGGGUGGGGGUGUGA